AUGGAUCUUGAAACACCAAUAUUAACCAUUAACGAAGAAUUUGCGAAAAAAUAUGAAGAAAGAAAAAGAGGAGAAGAGCUUUCAAAACUUAAAGAAAAAUAUGGCGAUCUAGACCCAGACGAAGAGGAAGAUUCUUCUUCUGAAGAGGAAGAUGAAUACGGUGAAUUAGUAACCCCCGAAAUUGACUCGCAAAUCAUGAAGACUAUUUCAGCCAUAAGAAACAAAGAUCCUAAAGUUUAUGACAAACAUUCCAAUUUUUUCGCAGAGGAAGAAAUACAAAAGGCGCAAAAAAAUUGGUUAGAUAAGCAACAAAAGAAAAAAACUGCUGAAGAAUUAAAAGCUGAAGAGGAUGAUUACCAAGCAUUCUUGUUAGAAAGUAUGACUGGAAAUAGUAAAGACCCUGAAUUUAUUAACCAAUGGCAAAAUUAUAAAAACGAUCCUACUGUUGACAAAGAUGAAGCCUUUUUAAUAGAUUACAUACUUAACCGUGGUUGGAUCGAUAAGAAUGCUACUCGAAUUCCAACGUAUGAAGAACUAAUUUUGGAACAUCAUGACGAAGAGAAUGAUGAAUUUGAAGAAGCUGCUGAUAAUUUCGAAAGCAAGUACAAUUUUCGAUUUGAAGAAGAAGGUGCAAUGAAAGUCGCCACAUAUUCCCGGAAUGUGGUCGAUUCUGUACGAAGAUCUGACAAUAAACGCAAAAUUCAGCGCCAAAUACGUUCUGAGCGUAAGAGUGAUGAAAAGAAACGUAAAAUGGAGGAACUUAAAAGGCUUAAAAACCUCAAAAAGAAAGAAAUUUUUGAAAAAUUGCAAAAAAUAAAAGAAAUAACGGGAAACGAAACUGUUGGAUUUGAUGAGGUCGACUUGGAAGAAGACUUUGAUCCUAACAAAUAUGACGAAAGAAUGAACAAUGUCUUCGAUACUAAUUACUAUACCCAAGAGGUAGAUGUUGAUAAACCAGAGUGGGAAGAAGACAUUGAAGAUAUUAUUAAUAAAUACAAGGGUUCUAAUCCUGAAAGAAUAAAAGAAGACGUUUCUGAAGAGAACGUUGAUUAUGAUGAUAAUUUUAUAAUGGAUGCAGAUUAUUUACCUGGAGGAGAAAAAUAUGAUGAGACAAUGGCUAAAAAAAAGAAAUCAGAAAAAAGAAGAGAAGAAAACGAACAAAAGAAAAAGUCCAAACAAACUUUUGAUAAGUACUUGGAUGAAUAUUACCAACUGGAUUACGAAGAUAUUAUUGAUGAUACUCCUACAAGGUUCAAGUAUAAACAAGUUAAGUCAACUUCAUUUGGCCUGACUCCAGUUGACUUCCUUUUAGCUGAUGACAAAGAUUUGAAUGAAUACGUGUCUUUAAAGAAAAUUGCUCCUUACCGUCCUGAACAUUUGGUAGAAAAUGAUAUUAAAAAAUACUCUAAGAAAAAACGACUACAGAAAUUUCGUAAAAAACUUGAACUUUUAGAAGAGAAUGAUCCACCUACAAGCAAUUCAUGGAGCAUAAAAUCGAUGAAACCACAUAAUAGGCCAGG